GAAAUGUUUAUCUAUUUGCUAGUGUCUUUUUUCCUUCUGGGAACCCUUUGUUCUUGCAUUGUCGUUACAGAUGAAAACGAAUUGUGGCAAUGUUAUUGCCCUCUUACCAAGAUUGCUGUCUAAAUGUUCGAUAAAAUGACUCAGUAACAAAACUGUUGUACUAGAAGUAGAACUGAGAUAAACAUUGGUUUCUCUUUUCAGUUUCUGUUGCUUUCUUAGAAUUAACUUAUGAUUUUUCUCUGCUUUAACUUGAAUAAUACUGCUGACUAUUGGGACUAUAUUCUAUUAUUACUUUGGCUGUGAGAAAAACGUUGAAGCAGUUGAUAUUUGCUUGCAUUUUACCUUACCAAUCUGUUUUCUUUCUGUGUUACUCUUACUCUCAGAAGAUUCAUUGUUAAGUUGGGGCAGCUUGUUAAUUAGAUUCAGUGUCUACUUCUUCUUAGUGGAUUAAGGCCUUAGCAUCUUGGGGCGUGGGAGGAGCUUUGAAUUGUAUCAGAAAAGUGAAACAGAAAUGUCUCUAAGGCGGUUCUUUGGGUUUUCUGAUGGUGAGCUGAUGAGGUCCGAUGCAAAACCUUGUUCCAGAUUGAUGCGACAGACUGCCGGAAUUUUUACUGUUGGAGGAGGGUUGGGAUUUUGGAUUCUUUGUAGAUUGCAUUAUGGUCCAAGAAUUACAGUUCCUAGAAGUCUCAGAUGGGCAGCUUGUGGAGCAGUAACCGUAAGCUCAACCUCUGCUUUGCUGGUACGCUUACUGAGUCCCGAGUGUGAACCCCAAAACAUAGCUGCUUAUGACACUGGAAAAUAGCACUGGUUAUUGAAGUUUGAGAUACUUUUGUUAGUCAAUUAUAUUAGUCUUUUAAAUACAACUAGUUUCGAGAUAGACCACCAGGAUUGGUUCAUUUUCAAGUCUAGGUCUGCCUCGGAAUGGAUGUACCUUUAAAGAACAUAAUGAUUAAGCUUUUUGAAAUGUUUGUUCUUGUAUGAAAGUUUGUUGUAUU